AUGUUAGAACUACGUUUUACAGAAAUACCAAGUAAAAAUUGUUUAUAUGUCAUACCGGGAUUAGUAUCUCGUUCAUUUGAAUUUUUAAAUGAAGAACAAGCUAGCAUGUUUCAGUCAUUGUUUGAUAAUUUACCGGUAUGGAUUCAUCAGCGAUCAAAAUCAGUUGAAGAAUUACAAUUAAAAGUUGAUAAAUGUUCUAAUUUAAUGGAAAUAUCAUUUGGUUAUUUGGCAUCAACGACAAUUUAUUUUUGGAAUCAAAAUAUUCAAAAAAAUGCAAUGUUAAAAUGCAAAACAAAUACUAGUCAGAAAUAUUUAGCUAUUACAUACGGAGCUAAUGUGGCAAUUGAAUUAAGACUUAAUCAAGUUUGUCUAAAUAAAUAUUUUAUAAUUUCAUACGACAACAUUGGAAAUUACACAAUGAUUUUGCUUCUGAAAGCAGCGCCACGUUGUUAUCGUAUUUCUCAACGUCAGACAAAUCAAUAUUAUAAGCGCGACCUUAGUUUUGGAAUCAUAAAUGAAUCAUGUUUAGCAAAUAGUUCUGCUUUAUAUUUAAAAUUUUGCGAGCACGAUUCAUUAGUAGCCAUCGCAGAGUUUUUGAUUAAUGUAAUAAAAUUAGAUUGUCAUAAAGGCUGUAUUAAUUGCAUUAAAAUGUCAACUCAAACAUUGCAUUUCGACUGUAUUUUAUCAGAUUUUUGGUCAAAUUAUGCUUUUCAAAUGCUAUUAACAUUAGGAUAUCGAAUUAAAAAUCAAAUAACCUCAGAUACUCUUGAUAAAAUUAUUCAGUUAUCAAAUUUAUCAAACGGUCAAAAAUAUCCAAAUCAUCAAUGUUAUUUAAAAUUAACGGCUAUUUAUUAUCGAGCUCGAUAUGAUCGACUUUUUGAUAUCAACCAAGAGUUUGACAAUGUUCAACUAAUACCAUCAAAUAUUGUCUUGGAUAAAUGGGAAUAUGUACCUCGAAUAUAUUUAACACCAUAUGGUGUAUAUCCUUUACCUAUUAAACCAAUGCGAGGAAAUAGAAUUUUACGUGAACGAAGCCUGUUUGGUCCUGGUGAAAACUUCUGUCGUGUUAUCAUUCGAGAUGUCGAUCUUGGACAGCCGCAAUUCGAUUUUAUGCAAACAAAUGAACAAUGGGUUAAAGAUUUAAUACUAGCAACAAAUCAUAUUAUAGUUGGAGAUCAAAUGUUUCAAUUUUUACUUUGUUCAAAUAGUCAAUUGCGUGAUAGAAGUUUUUGGUUCCAUGCUUCUUAUCAUAAUUAUCAAGCAGCACAUAUACGAGCAUGGAUGGGCGAUUUUUCAGAUGAAAAAUGUAUUGGAACACGUAUUGCCAGAAUGGCAUUGUCAUUAACUGGCACAACUGCAACUAUAAAACUUUUAUCUCAUCAAAUUGAAAGGAUUGAUGAUAAAUUUGAUGAUCAAGGUCGGAUUUUUACUGAUGGAGCUGGUAAAAUUUCUCCAAUGGCAUUAGCAGAAGGAUUAAAAGUUUAUAAUCCCGAUCUGAUCGAAGAUAAUUAUAUGCCAUGUGUAAUACAAGCUCGAUUGAAUGGCAUCAAAGGAAUAUUUGUAUUAGCUUCUGAUUUAAAUGAUAGAGGUGUAUUGAUUCAAUAUCGCCCCAGUCAACACAAAUUUAAGGUGACUCAUAAUGUAUUGGAAAUUGUUAAACAUUCUAGUUCCGGGAUGGCAUUUUUAAAUCGACAAGUGAUUGUAUUACUUGAAAAUAUGGGAGUAACUAAGAAUAUAUUUCUAAAAUUACAAAAUAAAGCAAGACUAAAAAUAUCAAUGUCAUUAUUGGCUAAUAAAACAGCUCAACAUACACUUGAACAAAGUGUUCGAUUUUAUGAUUGGGAACGAAUGCAUAAAUCAGGUGUUCAAUUAACUCGAGAACCAUUUGUACGUUCACUAUUACUUUUACUGGCUCAAGAAAGAGUAAAACGAUUGAAAGAAAAAUCACAUGUUCAAAUUCCACUUUCCGACGGACGAAUGUUACUUGGUGUUGUAGAUGAAACGAAUUCUCUUCAAUAUGGUCAAGUAUUUAUUCAACUUCGUGAUCUAAAUGGUCAUUGUCAAAUAAUAAAAGAUAGAAAAAUUCUCAUUACAAAAAAUCCGGCGCAUUUUCCCGGUGAUAUACGAAAGUUAGACGCUGUUGAUUGUCCAGCUCUCCAUCAUCUAUACGAAUGUGUUGUCUUUCCUGCUCAAGGACAACGUCCUCAUCCAAAUGAAAUAAGUGGUAGUGAUACAGAUGGUGAUGAAUAUUGGACAUGUUGGGAAGAGAAUCUCGUCAAGAGUGCUACAAUACAACAUCCACCAGCUACAUUCGAUUCAACUAAGAAAGUAGCACAUAAUGGUGAAAUUACAAUGAUAGAAAUUGCUGAUUUCCUUUUCAAAUAUUUAAGUUCAGAUUCGUUAGGUGUUUUAUCUAACCGCCAUCUAGCUUGCUGUGCUCGAUAUGGACCUAGUCAUGAAGAUUCAUGUCGUUUAGCACAAACCAUUUCUGAAGCAGUUGAUUUUCCAAAAACUGGAGUACUUCCAAAAUAUCCAAAAGAUAUAACGAUUAAUCAAUAUCCUGAUUUUAUGGAAAAUAAAUAUAAAGAAUCAUUUGAAUCAGAUACAAGUAUUGGAUUUAUGUAUCGAGAUAUCAAACAAGUUUGUGAAAUUCAUUUAGCAGUACAAGAUAAAUUAAACGAUCAAAAGAUUAAUAUUGAUAACAAUUUUUUAAUAAAUGGCUAUGAGAAAUAUAUUAAUCAAGCUAAAAUUGAAUAUGAAUAUUAUUCUUCAAGAAUAAAUACAAUUUUAUCAACUUAUAAUUUAGAAAAUGAAUAUGAAUUAAUUACAGGAUGCCAUUCUUGUAUGGAAGAAGAAAAGAAAAACAAUGAUUCAGUCGAAACUGCAUUAUUAGAAUUUCGACAUCUUAAUCAAGAAAUGAGAAUUAAAUUUGCAAGUGAUAAAUUAAAUCAUAGAGAACAAUUACGUAAAACUAGUGCAUGGUACUAUGUUGCAUAUACAACAGGUACUAUACUUAGUUUUGGUUGGAUAAUGAAUCAUUUUAUGAGUGAUAUCAUUAAACAAAAACAAAUACUUCAAGAAGAACACCAAGCGUUGAAACGUAUUGCUAAACAUAAUUCACAAUCAUUGGUUUUUAAUCAUACAUUGAAUACAACAAUUGUUAGUCAAGAAUAUAAUAUUUCAGUAAAAGGUUUACUAACAAUUGAUACAGCUACGAAAGCAAAUAUUUGUGAUAGAAACCAAACAAUUGAAGAUUGUGUUCUUAUUUAUAAUGCAAAACUUUUUAUGAAUGUACUUUUAUUGAUAUCUUCACCAACAUCAAAUCAUUCUUCAAUAUCUUUUAUUUUUCCGGAAAAUUCUACAAAAAGUACUGUUGAUUGCAAAGUAUUACGAAUUCGUCGAAAUCAAUUAUCAGAAAUUUUCGAGCCUGUUACUCUCGAAACAAUCUUUAAACUUUCUGGUAUUCGAUAUUCAUCAAUUGAUUAUACAACUUUAUCUUAUCAAGCACAACCACGUUCACAAAUUGAUGGUCGAUCUAUAAAAAAUAGAUGGAGUACAUCAAUUAAUUAUUAUAUUAGUCAAACAACUGACUUUACUUCGUCAAUGAUUGCUAAUAUUCGUAUUGCUAUUUCAAAUUGGGAAACAAAUACAUGUCUAAAAUUUAAUGAAUUAUCUGUUAUAACACCAACGACAAAUAAAUCUUAUGUUUUAUUUGAACGUGAUGAUGAAUAUGGAUGUUCAAGUCCAGUUGGUUAUGAUGCAAAUGAUCCAACAUCAGUCAUACUUAUUUCAUCACAAUGUGGUGCUAUCAUUGGUUCAAUAAUGCAUGAAAUUGGACAUACACUUGGUUAUAUUCAUACACAAUCACGAAUCGAUCGUAAUUCUUUUGUAUCAGUUGUAACAUCAAAUAUGAAUCAAGACUAUGCCGCAAAUUUUUUUAUUUGGGUAUUUGGUACACUAAGAUUUGCCGAUGUCACUUUUCCUUAUGAUUAUGGUUCAUUUAUGCAUUAUGAUUCAUAUGGAUUUUCAAAUAAUAAUAAACCAACAAUAAUUCCAUAUGACAAACGAUAUGAGAAAACAAUGGGACAAAGAGAAAAAGCAGCAUUUUAUGAUUAUAAACAAAUCAAUAGACUUUAUUGUACACGAACAGAUUGUCCACAAAUGUUUAAUAAUAAUGAUUGUCAGAAUAAUGGUUAUCUUGAUUCAAAAACAUGUUCAUAUUGUAUAUGCCCUGAAGGUUUUUCUGGCACUUAUUGUGAUCAAAGAGAUUCAAAUAGUAAUUGUGGAGACACAAUUAUUAAUUCAAAUCCAUAUUUAUCUAAACAAAUAACUAUUCAAAAUCCCUCACCGACUUAUACAAUACCAACACAACAAUAUUGUGUUUAUCUUAUUCGAUCUCUUUCACCAAGAAAGAUUCGUUUUCGGUUAGAUUCAAUUAAUACUGUACAACGUGCAGUAUGCGGUUUAACAUCAUCAAUUGAAGUUAAAUAUCGACAGGAUCUUGGUUUGACUGGUGCUCGAUGGUGUGGAAAUACUAUAACAUCUGAUUGGUUAAAUGUUACAGCAGAAACAAAUACAAUGAUAGUUAUAUUUCGAGCCACCAAUUCAAUUGAUAUUACAACUGGAAAUCCAAAAGCUAGUUUUCGUGCUACUAUCUUCUUUGAUGCUGAAACAAUGCCUGUUGUAAAUCUGACAACAAUUACAACAACAACAACAACAACAACAACAACUACUACUAUUAGUAGUACAAUAUUAACAACUCGAACUACUAAUAGUCUAACGACGACUGGGACAACCUUGUCGACAUGUCCUCCAUCAUCAUUUCGUUGUCAAAUACCAUCACAACCGACAUGUGGUGGAUGUCCAAAUCAUCAACCUUGUAUCGUUGAAGGUACUCAACCAUGUGUUGCAUAUACAUAUCAAGUUCAAUUAACUGAUUGUAAUCAAAUAGUAAAUGGUACUGCUCAAUGUCGAUACCAAUUUAUUCAAACACCAUAUACAACCAGUUGUCCACGUACUGUUCUUCUUUGUUGUCCAAAUUAUCAACUUAUUUCAAUUCAAACAUAUUAUGUUUAUAGGAAUAUAUUAACAAUGAGUAAUGCAAUAUUAACAGAAAUAUCUAAUGAAAAUAAUAAUCAAGUAGAAAAAGAAGAGAUAAAGGAUAAAUCUGAACAAAAAUCAAUUAAUUCAAUUGUACCUGAUCUUGAUGAUGUACAAUCAUUUUGUGCUGAAUUUCAUAUAAAAGUUGAAAAUGCAGCUGGUAUUCGUCCAUGGCUACAAUUUAGUGAUACAAAUUUUCCGGAAGAAGUUUUAAAACAAUUUGAAGAAAAUGAAUUUGAUAUGCCAACACCAAUUCAAUCAAUAGCAUGGCCUAUUCUUACUCAAAAUCGAGAUCUUGUUGGAAUUGCAAGUACAGGAAGUGGAAAAACACUUGCUUUUAUUCUUCCACUUGUAUUUCAUAUACGAAAACAACCACCAUUACAACCAGAUGAUGGCCCUAUUGCUAUUGUUUUAGCACCAACACGAGAAUUAGUCCAACAAAUUCAUAAUGUUGCACAACCAUAUUUUAAUAUAUUUGGAAUAAAAUCCUUAUGUAUUAUUGGUGGUGAUGAAAGAGAAAAACAAAUAAAUGAAAUUGGCGAUGGAAAAGAAGUUUAUAUAUGUACACCAGGAAGAUUAGAAGAUUUUUUAGAAUCAAAAAUAACAACACUUUAUCGUGUAACAUUUAUUGUACUUGAUGAAGCUGAUAAAAUGCUUGAUUUAGGUUUUGAAACACAAGUUAGAAAUAUUCUCGCUGAUUUUAAAACACCAAAAUCUUCAAAUGCUGAUGAACAACAAACAAGACGUCAAGCACAAAUUUCUAUGUUUUCAGCAACAUGGCCAAAAUCAAUAAAAGCUUUAGCUGAAGAUUAUUUAACAAAUUAUGUUCAUGCGACAGUUGGUUGUUUAUCAGAAUCUCAUGCUGUAAAUUUAAAUAUACAACAAAUAGUUGAUUUUUGUCCGAAUGAACAACAAAAAAAACAAAAUCUUUUUCGAAUACUUGAUGAAGUUUGUGCUUAUGCACCUGAUAGAAAAACAAUUAUAUUUGUACGUACACGAGAUAAAGUUAAUCGAUUAAGUAAAGAACUUGAACAGAAUGGUUAUAAAGCAUUACUUUUACAUGGAUCAAAAAGUCAGCAAAUGAGAAAUGAAGUAUUAAAAGAAUUUCGUGAAACAUCAAAUGCACUUUUACUUGCAACUGAUGUUGCUUCAAGAGGUUUAGAUGUUGAUGAUGUACGAUUUGUAAUUAAUUAUGAUUUUCCAACAUCUGAUGCUGUUUAUAUACAUAGAAUUGGUCGUACAGGUCGAAGUUCUCAUUGUGGUACAGCAUUUACAUUUUUUUCAAAUGAAGAUGCUAAACAUGCACCAGAACUUAUACAUAUUUUGGAUGAAGCUGGUGCUGUUGUUCAUCCAAUUAUAUUACAAAUUGGACGAAAAAAUGGUUUUAAUAAAUGGGUAGCAAAUGUAGGAAUUCCUCAAUAUCCAGUUUAUAAUCCCGAUGAAAAUUGGUCUGAUGGUAAUAAUAAUGGUCAAGAUUGCUCGAAUGAUGAUUAUUAUAAUAAUGAAGAUUUACCACCGAAUUUAAUGAGUAUUGAUUUAAGUUCAUUUGAUCCUAGUCAAUUACGAUCAGUACCGGUGUCACUUUUAAAUUCUGAUGGACAACUUAGUGAACUUGAUGUAAAUACUCGAAUAAAACAUUUUCAAGAUUAUAAACAACGUUGUCAAUUAUUAGAACGUUUAUCAUCGGAAUAUAAUGAUGGAAAUUAUUCAAAUAAUCAAAAUGAUUAUGAUAAUAAUAAUUAUAAUAAUAAUAAUAGUCAUAAUAAUAGAUAUAAUGGUGGUUGGUCAAAUCCUGGAAGUGAAAAUCAAAAUGGAAGAAAUUGGAAUUCAAAUAAUAAUGAAUGGCAAAAUAAAAAGUUUGAUUCAAAUCAAAAACGUUCAUGGGAAAAUAAUCUAUCAUCUGCAAAUAUGAAUAAAAAUAAACAAUGGAAUGAAAUUAACAAUAAUAAUAAUAAUAAUAAUAAUAAUAAUAAUAAUAAUGGACAAACAAAUUAUGAUCAAUGGAAAUCUUCUAAUCAAUCACAACCUCAACAAAAACAACAGCAGCAACAGCAACAACCACCACAAGAUCAACAAUUAUCUGAUCUAGAAACUAAUCCAGCUAUUAUAUAUGCUAAAGCCAGUAGUGAAUAUCAUAUACAAUAUAAUCAAUAUACAACGGCAUUACAACAAGCUAUGCUUGCUCAACAAUCUGGUACACCAAUAACACCACAACAACAACAGUAUUUAAUUACUUUUCAACAACAAUUACAAGCUAAACAACAACAAUUACAAGUUAUGCAACAAGCAGCUAAUCUUCAACAAGCAUCAAUUUUACAAGCAGCUGCACUUAAUGCUGCUACACAAAAUGUUUGGAAUCAACAAACAAAUACAUCACAAAGUAAUAUAACAAAUGAUUUAUCAAAAUCAAAUACUGAUGCCCAACAAAAUUGGAUGCAACAAUGGAUUAAUGCUGGUUAUGAUGCUUCACAAAUUGCUGCAUAUCAACAAUGGUAUACACAAAUGCAAACAGCAGCAUCAUUAGCUGCUUCUGCAGCUCUGUCCCAGUCACAAAAUCCAUCGACUACUUACAGUGGAAUGCCGUUUUCAUCGAAUAAUAGUAAUCAACAAUCAGCAACGACUAUAUCAGCACCUCCAACUGUUUCAUCAUCCACAGCAAGUGCUGCUCAACGUGCUUAUGCUGCAUAUAGCAAUCGAGCAUCAUCAUCUUGA